AUGUCUUCCCCCAACAAUAACGAUGCUUUCAAGCUCUCUGAGCUCUUCAAUGUCAAGGACAAGGUCGUGGUUGUCUCUGGCGGUGGCUCAGGUAUUGGUCUCAUGGCCACCCAGGCAUUCGCCGUGAACGGUGCCAAGGUCUACAUCAUUGGCCGUACAAAGGAGAAGUUGGAUAAGGUCGCCGAGAUCUACGGCAAGGACAUUCCUGGACAGAUCAUUCCUCUGCAGGGCGAUAUCUCCAAGAAGGACUCCAUUGCUGCCAUGGUCAAGGAGAUUGAAUCAAAGGAGAAAUGCGUCUGCAUUCUCGUCAACAACGCCGGUGUCUCAUCCAACACCCUCCAAACCGAGGCCAAGUCGGCCGAGGAGAUGAAGGCCAACCUCUUCGACAACUCGGACUCAAACAUCGAAGACUGGACCGACACCUACAAGACCAAUGUUCCUCAGUGCUUCUUCAUGACUAUGGGCUUCCUCCCUCUGCUUCAAAAGUCCACUGAACACCAGCACGGUUACUCUGGUUGCGUUAUCAACGUAUGCUCUAUCUCAGGAAUCGUCAAAACCGCACAACACCAUUUCGCCUAUAAUGCUUCAAAGGCUGCUGUCAUCCACCUCACUAAGAUGCUGGCCUUCGAGAUUGGCAACAACGGACUCAAGGUCAGAGUUAACUCCAUCGCUCCUGGUGUCUUCCCUUCAGAGAUGACCCAAGGCGAGAGUGGCGAGAACCAGAAGUCGGAGCUCCCUAAAGAAGACUUUGAGGGCAAAGUCUUCGCUCAACGCCCUGGUAACGACAGAGACAUGGGUAAUGCCAUGCUUUUCUGUGCCACAAACACUUACUUGAACGGUGUCGCUAUCCCCGUUGACGGCGGCUACAUCUUGCAGCACGGCUCUGCAUAG